UAAUAAAGGAAACUCGGUGCACACAUUGAUCCCCGCCUGUGCUCCCCGUCUCACUGCAAGUCUUGGAGCUGGUCUCCAAAUACGUCUAUCACAUCUCUUCAAACAUGAAUAUUACAUCUCAUCGUAUUCCGAGUAGUAAACGCUGGAUCGUUAUUAUCGCUGGACUAGCUUGGUCACUUUUCGCGAGGAUAUGCUAUGCUUCGCCCCUUCCUGCAAUGCUGGGGCAGACAGGACUUGGUACUGUCAUUUCCGAUACCAAUUCAUCAGGUUCAGAUUACGACGACUAUCAUUACACAAAUCACACCGACUCGCAAAUCCAGCCCCGGCACAUUCAGCUCGAUUCACGAGGGAAGGGGUUGAAGAAGAGCUUAAUCAGAGCUGCUCUCUGGUUAAAUCCGGACUGGGCUUUGCUGGGCUUUGCGUAUGUGACACCGGAAGAAGGAGAGGUGGUUGGCGAUGGUAAUGGGGUUCAACUCGGAACUCUGAAACUUCCUACUAUGCAACUGGACUCGACGAAAACCCCAGGUUUUAUAUAUCUCCAACCAAAGCUUGAAUCGCUAUUGGACUGUAAGUGGUAGAUGAGGAUUUUUUCCUAAGUUUUGCUGUCAACCCCGGGCCUUAUUCAGUGCCUGGUAUAUGCCUCAAAGAAGAACAUCAACAAAUUCAAGCCUCAAAUGUUCUACAGGUCGGAACUCGCACCAAAUCAAUCCCCACCCCCUU